AUAAUUGACCAAUGAGAGAGCAGAAUGAGACACCGGAGACACGGAUAAGGUAAACCUAGGCUCCGAUAUCAGAGCCUAGGCAAGCCAAGCAUCCAAGCGCGGUGUUACUCUCCAGGAUUACUAGUGGAGUGAAACCUAGCGAGAGUAUACUAGCCGGACCAUUAGGUUCUACUGCCUGGGGAACUGCCUGAAUUCUCCGUGAAAAAUUCCAGGAAACAGGCAGUGCAUAAGAUUUGCAUAGGUGCAUGGCAUAAACUUGAGGAGUAUGGAAUCUCACGUGAAUGCCUACGGAGAAGUAAAUCAGCUCGGAGGAGUUUUCGUUAAUGGUCGUCCUCUUCCUAAUCAUAUUAGAGUCAGGGUAAGCCAUGGGUGUGUUUCUAAAAUUUUGGCGCGAUAUAAUGAAACCGGUUCUAUUCUGCCCGGAGCUAUCGGAGGAAGCAAACCUAGAGUAACCACACCUAAGGUGGUUGGUUUCAUCAAGGACCUGAAAGUGAAGGAUCCUGGUAUAUUUGCCUGGGAGAUACGGGAUCGACUACUCCAGGAGGGUGUUUGCGAUAAAUAUAAUGUUCCAAGCGUAUCUUCAAUUUCUAGGAUUUUGCGGAAUAAAAUUGGAACUUUGACCCACAUUUCACACUUUUCAAGCAAACAAAGCAGUGGUCCUACACCCCUUCCAGUCUCUACCCCCUCCUCUACCUCCCUAGCCUACACACCCCUUUACCAAUCAAAUUUCCCCCCCUACUCCCCACCCCUCUCAUCACCUACCAAGAGCGAACCUCAAAGUGAUCAUCUGCCUUCUGAGCUGGGUCUGCCCUCUGCUCCUCCCUUCAACAAGUGGACGGGUCAGGACCUCCUUCCCUUCCCAAGCUACCCUGACCAGAAUAUGUACUAUAUGUAUCUCCAGAGCCAGAGUAUGGGAGGGCACCACCCCCAGCACUCCCCCCACCAUCACCCAUACCAUACAAACCAUAAUAGUCAUAACAUUCAUAAUGGUUUAUAGUCACCUUGCGGAAAGGUUACACAGUACACACUGUUUUCUACUGUACGUUGUACAGUAUAUUUAUUGUACUGUAUAGUACUUUUUAUAAGGUGUACUCUGUAUACACUGUACUCUGCACACAUUGUUUUUACAGUACAGAGUACACUAGUGCACUAGUCACAUUACACAAUCUUGAUAAAAGAAAUGCUUUGCUCCUGCAAAUUUUAAUUGGUCUUUUCUUAAUUUGGAUAAUUCAUAAUUUUUAUAUUUUAAUCAGUCAUAAUUGUUUUAACAAGUACUUUUCAAAAUUAAUUUUACUAAAAAGAUUUAAUUGAAAUUAAAUUGUUGAUUUUGUUGACCGACCCCCGUUGAUAUAGAUUAUACACCCGCACUUUUGAACAAACAAUUAUAAUUUUUUGAUUUAUUCCUCACUCGUUGUUUUUAAUCAAAUAUCACACAAUUUUGUCAGAUUGUUUUAUUAUAUAAUAAUUAGAAAACAUGUUUUAUCAUAUUUUUACAGGUUUGGUUUCAUGAUGUUUAAAGAAGAUAAAAAAUAUCUUCAUUUCCAAAUCUAAAUAUUAACCUCCCCUCCAGCUUAAAAUAAAAUUUGAAC